CUUGGCGCUAUGGAGUGAACUUACAGCUCUCUUGUCAUCGAUACCUUGCCAUGUAGCCAGGGACGGAGCUAUUCCACAGCGAGGCGAAGCUCGAGCUACAGCUGCUGCAAUGUGGGCAGCACGCGGCAUUGGUACCACCGAUCAAAGGGUGGGCGAACCUCCGGCUCCCUUAUCUAUUACCCAAAUCUUCUCGAACAAAACAACUAAUUUACCCCCUAUCGCUCGUGACUGGGGAACGACGGAUCCCCUGUUGAGUCCAAACGAAGAUCCUCAAUUGGACAUGCCCCGAAUUCCAUUUCGACCUGGAAUUGCGACUGCUUUUCUGUACACUCCGCUUCUCGCUUGGGAUGUUACAACUUUGGCUGGUGCCAUUUUGUCCACAACAUUGCUGAACGAAAGCAACGACCUGCCGACCAACGACGAGCUGAUGCGAAUUGCUCAGGUAUUGCUUGUAGGUCGUCUCAUACAAGCCUUGAUUACGCCCAAAGGUAUCGAAUUACCGGACGAGAUGGAGCUCGACGAAGAAGACGCAUGGUCCGCCAAGGAAGCAGAAUGCGAAGGGCUCGCACUUGCUCGUCUGGUUGCUCAUUGUCAAACACUGGUAACGACUAAAUAUUUGGACGGUGGCGCGAGUCUUGUUGGUAGCACGGAAGACCUUUCAUCCAGAGCGGUUCUUGCCGGAGUUGGUCGAGCGAUACUUCCCUUCAGCCGGACGUUGGUGCUGUUACUGCGCGCGUGCCAUUCGGCAAUUCGAGAACGCCAACGAAAGACGACAGGUCACGAAUUGAGAUCUGACCUUCCACCGGAUGCGUUGGAUAAGCUUCUUUGCAAUGCCGAUCUCAUGACUGCCGAAGAUGGCUUCCACAUUUUUAAAGCGCUUCAGUGUCCUCUUCCCUCUGCACUCAUUGCUUCGAAUUCUGAGUGGUUUUCUUUAAUAAAUCGCUGGCUGGUUGCAGUUGUUGGUCUCGAGCUGCACCAUGGAUCUAUGGGCCGACACAUUGUUCCUACAGUAGUUUCACCUGGAUCCACAGGAGGUACAUUCACGUUGGCGGACGAAUUGCCGCCGCGUACCGACAGUUUGGCAGGAACGACUUUACAGGCACACAGAAGUGAAGAUACGAGCCCUGAUGUCCGGAUGGGAGAGAACACUCAGGAAAGUAACCUACCUUGGAACCAAGUAGCAAAUCAAGCUCGUCUAGAAGAACUUGAUCGAGCUAUCCGGAACGGAGGUGGUGCGACACACCGCAAUUUAGGCGGUGGUGUUAUGAUGGAAGAGGACAGUGAUGAAGAGAUUGUGGAUGAAUUUGAAUUGGAUGGACCAAGGGAUAUGAUUGCAAUUGCUGAACAAUUGUUGGGCGUUACGGGUCAAGCAAACGCGGAAUCGAACGACGAGAUUGGCGAGUCUUCCGAGGACAACAGCGACUCCGGCUCGGAAGGCGAAAAGCGUGAUGCUGAUCGCGAAUUUGCUCAUGUUUCCCGGUCUCCCAUUUUGUCUUACCAGCCGAGUCUUCUUGCAGUGGAAGAAAUCGGCCCCGGUCGUCACGCCACUUUGUUUGAAUUUUCCACCGCUAGCGCCGUUAUGUCUGACCUUAGUCACUUUGGGUUGAAACAUCGCAGAAACAUACCGACAUUCAGCUUGAUUCGUCUCCCCAAGUCUUUUGUAGAAUUGUACAAUCUCGUCAACAAGAUCAAGGGCCGCGAAGACGGCACGAACACGGAAGAAAGCGAAGAGGUAAGCAACGCGGAAACAGCCAUUUGUCUAUUGACGGGUACCGUAAUGCGUUCCGGAUCAGCGCGGCGGUCGGGAUACAAUCGCGCGCACCGACUUGCGGGUGCCUGUACCAUACACGCCCGGAAGAACGGGUCCGGUAUUGGUAUUUUCUUCCUGGUCCAAAAGUGUACGGUCCUCCUAAUGCACAACAACAAAUCGGCAUACUCUCCCAGCCUGUAUGUGGAUGAACACGGCGAAGAAGAUCCCGGGUUGCGACGGGGACGCCCGCUGUUUUUGAACCAAGCUCGAUACCAUGCACUGGAACAAUUGUGGCGACAAAACGGUAUCCCUCGUGAAGUUGCACAAAUUCGGUCGACUUCGGAUCGGGUCAUUCGAGAUAAUUGGUACUAAGUACCCCUCUUUUGGAUGACAAGCACUCAUACGGUAAUGAAUAAGCAUAGGAUGUUCCCUUGUAC